AACGCAGCAAGGAAGAAAGCCUCCGCCGUGGUCAUCUAUAACGAGCCUCGGUUCGGCAACUCCACUCUUACCUCUGUGUCGUACCUCGGUCAGUGUAGUGAGGGGAGAAAUAAGGAAAGUAAUUUGAAAACUACCUUAUUUUUGUUGCGAAGGUAGUUGGGUGGGUGGGUGCCCAGCGAUGGUAAGAGGUUGGGAAGGUUUUUUUCAAAAAGUGGAUUCAAACUUAUUUUCCCAUCAUUUGCCAAAUAUCUCAAAAGCCCACGUGGAAGGUAUCAUAUUUCAUCCAAACUAGGAUGAAACUAGUUCCAGCCCAAACUAGGAAAUAUUUUAUUUCUGGAGUGCAAAAUCAAGAACCUAGUCUUCUCUUUAAAAUGAAGCAAAUUCAUUUUAAAGACACUGAUUCAGAAGUAGGUUGCAAAUUAGAUGUAAUUACAGGGCUUCUUCUGUAAUGCAACAAGGAGCUAUUGGUUGAGUCAAGAAACUGGAUGGGAGGUAGCAAAAUUCUGCUGCUCUGUUAUAGUAUAAUAUAGUGUUAUACUGUUUCAAGUAUCAAAGAAAAUUAAGCUAAUUAGAUUAAUGCUAUUUAACGAAUUUUAUAUGAAGAAUUCGUUAUGCCAUAUUCUGUUUUGAUGAUUAUUACUUCUUUCAAUUUUAGGUAGAUUAAUAUUGAUUGCUGCAGAUUGUCUAAGAACUGUAAAAGUUCUGAUCAAUAUUUUGUGUAAAUUCUAGGAUUGCAUAUUGUAUUUAUAUGAUAUGAAGUCAACUUUGGAUAUUCUUGCUGAGAAAGAAACUAAAGCUGUUUAUGAAUGAAAUUGGAUUUUGGCCUUGCAGAUGUUGCAGAAUGCUCAUUGUCUAGAUUUGUCUGGACUGCUGGGAGUUAUAUAGUUCAGUAACAUCUGGAGGGUCCUCUCUAUCUUAGGCCAUUUUUUUUGAAUUUUAUUAAACUUUUUAAUUUCUGGUUUGUCUAAUUAGUUUGAGAAAAUUAGUGUCUUAACUGCUUCCAGUGGUCUCAUUGCCGAAGCAAGUAAGAUUCCUUUAAAACUUGCAAAGGCUUUAUGUUUUUAUGUUUUUUUCUAUAACUUUUCUUUUCAUUUAGUUUUGUUUGUUUUAUUGUUGAGAUUCCUAAUCUAUCUCAGAAUGGCUACAUGUAUUCUGGAGGGGUAUGCUGGAGGCAGAGGAAUACAAAAUACCACUGGGCUACAGUGAAAGUGUUGAAACACCAGGUACUGCUGAUACAGUUGUAAUUAUGGUUGGGUAUCCAAAAGGAAUGGAGAUCCUGGAGCCAGUCCUAAGAGGAAUUCCAGUGAAAAUGACUAUUAGUGUUGGUAAACAACAUGUACAAGAAUAUAUCAAUGGACAGUCAGUUGUGUUUGUAGCAAUUGCAUUUAUCACAAUGAUGAUUAUAUCUUUAGCAUGGCUUAUAUUUUUUUAUGUGCAACGUUUUCUCUAUACUGGAUCACAAUUUAGAAGCCAGGGUCAAAGAGAAGAAAUUAUUGGUGCAAUUGCCCAGCUGCCACUGUAUACUCUGAAAGAUGAAGAUAAGUGUUCUGCUAUUGAUACAGAAAAUUGUGCUAUAUGCAUCGAAAACUAUAAAGCCAAAGAUACUAUUCGACUUCUGCCUUGCAAACAUAUCUUCCAUAAGCUGUGCAUUGAUCCCUGGUUGCUGGAACAGAGAACAUGUCCAAUGUGUAAAUUAGAUAUCAUGAAAGCACUAGAAUAUUGGGAAAGAUCUAAAAAAGUUGCAGUGCCUGAAUCAAUGAGUAACAUACCAACUGAAAAUGGGAAUAUUUCUAUGGAAGAAGAUAAUAAUGAAACAAGUGGCUUAUCAGCAUCCAAUACUAGCUCAAUUGCAUUAAAUAAUGUUUUAAAAGAAAAUCUGUGUGAAACAACAAUUUUACUUGAACUGGAGAGUGGAGAUAAUCAACAUGAUCAUUUGUCUUCUGGAUCACUACAAAUUUAAUGAAAUUUGAGAAACUUGAACUGAUAGUAAAAAAAAUAUUUUUCAAAAAUCUUUAUAGACUUGAAUCUAGCUUAAUAAAUAUAUACUUCCUGUUAGUCUUGGUUACAGAGCUUUUCUCCAUUCAAGAUAAAAUACACUAGUUCUGUUUUUGAUCUACAAGAAGAAGAGAGGAAGAAAAAAACCUGCUUUUUAAAAAGAUUAUCUGACGGUGACCGAUUGUUACUUAUUCUCAGAAACAAAUGGUGCCUUUCAUAGAAUGACAUUCCUACCUCUUUCUAUCCCUUUGUCCUCUUGUUUGUAACAAAAUAAAAUCUUAUCAGGAAAAAUAAGUUAUAUAUACAUUUGGAAGACUAAUACAAGUAUAAACCGCACAAAUAAACUAUAUGGGAUAUAUUCUAUAAUAUAUGCAUAAUUAAGAAUUAUUUUCUUGUAAAAUGUGGCUUAACUUAAACAUGUAAAAUAUAAGCUGUUCUAAAAGUCUUUUGAUAUACAUCUGAGUGAAAGAAUAUAUGGGUGUGUAAUGCUACAUAAAUUGUCUUCUAUUUUA